AGCUCAUGUGCCUCAAGAUUUUUCAUACGGCUUUCGAGGUUUUGACUAGCUAAGAUUGAUAUUUUUGCUUAGCAACAAUGAGAAUGACCAACCGAAAAAUUAUUCUAAUAUUAUCAGUUUUUUCAGUUUCUAUGCUGACAUUGUAUUGGAUCCUUAGUGAGAUUAUGUGCAACGAAAACAACAACAAGUUGUUUGACCGAAAAUUCAAUAUAAGGAAGAACUCGGCUAUUAGUGAUGUUUCUCCAGAGACUAACAUUCGUUCAGGACUACAGCAAGCAUUAAGAACAUAUGYCGUGAUAGCUGCUAAAGAGAACGACGAGAGCUUUUCGACACAACUUGCUUGUGUUUCAGAAAUAUUCGUGAUAGAAUGCGACAAUGCCGGACUAGCUGCUAUGUUGUUGAUGACUUUGGAUCAUUUAAGCACUUGCAGGCAUAUUAGAGCUGUUCCAACCGUAUUUUGGCGUAACUGUGGCACUGUUUGUCCAUCAAAUGCAACAGUUAAUUCUUGGAAUUGGUUUUUCGAGCCUUUGAAUCCGAAUAUAGAAGAAAAAGCAAAGAAAGUCUUAUGCUUUGGGAAUUAUUUUGGUCCAAGUGUAUUGUAUUUGCAACCAGGAUCUAUGGAAAAAAAAUCUAGCCUUACACAUCUCCCUGAAUUGUUAAACCUAAGUUUCAAGCCACGCAAUACGCCUGGUUACAAUAAGCUUGACCUGAUCACUCGUGAAAUACGGCUCUGGGCCAAUAAGUUACUAAAACAAUAUGUGAAGAUAAACCCUAAAAUCCAAGAGAUCGUUGACAAGUUCUAUGAUAAACAUUUAUUUGGUCACACUGUUCUUGCUGUUCAUGUCAGAGGAACCGACCAUGGCUCAGAAACAGAAGAUGGGAAGUUACCCUCAUUGACUUCAUGGAUUCAGAAUGCUAAACACAUCUUGCAAAGCUUGCCGACACCAAAUAAGAUAUUUAUUGCCAGUGAUAAUAAUGAGAUUAUAAAGAAGUUUGUCAAUGAAUUUGGUAAAAAGGUCCUCUUUACAAAGGCAUUACGAGCAAUCAAAUAUGAUGGUGGGGCGGUCCAUGCUUCCAAGUAUGACCCAUAUAAACUGGGAGCAGAAGUUCUGAUUGAUAUCCUCUUGAUGGCAAGGGCAGAUCACUUUUUACAUGCUGAAUCAAGUGUUGCAGCACUAGUUAGUUACUUCAACCCUGAGAUUCAUACCCACUUCCUGGAAAGCAAGGAAGAGACUGACAAUGAGGCUGAUGCCAUUCAGCAGCCACAAUUAACCCAAACUGGAGAAAUGACUAUCAACGAGGAUAAUGUCUAUGAUGAUGGAGAUUCUGAAUCAGAGGAUGAUAUUGAAGAAGAUAAGCGAAUGCAACUUCAAUGUUUUCAAAAGAAUAGCCAGUAUAGUGUUUGUCCCAACAUGAGAAAAGAAAUUUUUAUAGGCCCAAGAGAAUUACAAAUCCUACAACAUUAAACCAGCUUUAUAUUGAUAUAGAGUGAUUUUCAUAAAUCCAUGAAAUACACUUUAGCAUAUUUAGUACUAUUAUUCUCUAAUUCUUUUGUUUUCUAUUGUGUUCAACUAUUACACUCUAAUUCUAGUACAAACAAAUGUGUCGUAGUAGAUAAUUUUAUCACCGUAAAUACGAAAGCGGGAAUCAGACUGCCGUUUCGGACGUAAGUCCUUCGUAGUAGUCAAUGAGAGAAAGAGAAUGAUGGAGGGGUUUAUGUAGUGGUGUAGGGAGAAAACAAACCAAUAAGAAAAUAGCAAGUCGUAAAACAAAAGAGAACAAAAGGAUCGAAAAUAAUAAUAGUAGGUGGGUGAAGCGUUCAUUCAUCCCGUGCGGAUUAACUGUGCCAAGCGAAUGAAUCAAGCGCAUUUCUUUUGUUUUGCGUGAAUUAUUGUUACUAGAACGUGUGUUUAAGCAAAGACCAAAAACAUUAGCAUUAGUUUCCGAGUGGUUGACAGAGUUGAAAUGUCGAGAAACUGGUUUAGAGAGAUCUUUCUUGCGAAUAUCGUAAAGGUGGUCUCUGAAACGAUCACCUAAUCUUCGUCCAGUUUCCCCAACAUACAGCAUGUUACAAUAAGAGCAUUGAAUGCAAUAGAUGAUGUUAGAUGAAGUACAGUCGAAGUGAUCCUUUAUAUCAAAAGUAGAUUUAGGACCUUUAACAGAGGUACGGGGAACAACAAAAGGGCAAGUGUAACAACGUUUGCGAGAACAGCGAAAAGUGCCAGGUUGUUUAUCAGAAGGAAUUUUGCCUUUAACUAAGAAGGAACGCAGAUUGCGGUCUCUCUUGAAAGAAAAGGGAGGGCGUUCUUUGAAAAUGUCAGAAGUAGUAGGAUCAGAUUUGAGUAAAUUAAAACUACGAUUAAUGAUAGGAUUGACAGAGUUGUUAAUGGGAUGAUAGGUAAACGUGAACGGAAUACUGUCUAGGUUAGAGGUGCGAGCCUUAGGAGUAAGAGCAGUAUUGCGGUCUAUGGAUGAAGCUUUGUGCAUAGCCCGAUCGAUGAUAAUAACUGGAUAACCUUCUAGUACACUUUGUUUCAUGGGUCUAUAAAAACCACCACUCAAUAAGUUUAAGUAAAUUUAAUUAUUUAUUCUAAAUCACUCUGAAUGAAAAACCUUUCAUUUUUUUGAAAUUAAAUUCCGCCAAUCUAUGUAGAGGAAUGCAAUUUUUUUCAUAAAUAUUUCUCAUAAUG